AUGUCUGAGCCAUUGGCUUCAGAGCCUAUGGUAACUGAUAAUGAUGCUUCGAAUGAGGCUCAGAUAGGUGACAUCGAGGCCACAGUUGAGAUGGGAAUACUCCCGUCGACGACGGUUGAGGCACAGGCCGAAGAUGCGCAAACAAGCUCAGUCCAAUUCGAAGCUCGCGAGCAGUCACAUGCACCGAUGGAUAUCGAGCCUGCACCCAUAGAAAAUAGCCAGGAUGCACACUCACCGGCUCCCGCGCCGGCUUCUGAGGAGCGCCCGUACAUACCGCAGUUUUCUCCCACGACUUCGCACUUCAUCAUGAGUCGUCUUAAUGGCGCCACCCGGACCUCACCGCCGCCUAAUAUCGUCACAGCUCCCGCCCCCACAACACCCACGAUCUCUCAAAAGGAUAUCGAGGACACACCCGUGGACUACUCGCACCUCCCUCUGACACUUCACCUCCCCAAUGCAGAACCUGUGGAGCCCUCGGCUGCUCCACCCAGCCAUCUACCAUCAUCCGGAGCAAAGAGGAAGCGCACAGCCGCGGAAGAUGAAGCCUCCCAGAAAUCCGCAAACUUUCCUCCAUACCCGGAGCCCGCAAUACUCAGGCGUCCCAUACCGAGGCCGCCUGUGAAGAGGAAGCGGACCAAGGACGACGGCAGCGGAAAUCCAAUGUGCGUGAAGUGUAAUCGCAUCUCUGCGACUGACGGCAAUCUCAUCGUCCCCUGUAGCUGCGGCGAGGCCUGGCACCAGCUCUGCCACGACCCGGAGAUAUCGGAAGACGUCGUUGUCGGCGGCAGUCCUCUGAAGUUCAAGUGCGUUACCUGUAAGGAGGAGGAGAAGCAGCAGGCCAAGUAUCACCGCGAAAUCGCAAGGUACCGCGAGGCGAAGCAAGAGCAGUCGGAGUGGAAGAAGUACCAUAAUGAUGUCGAGAGAAGACGUGAGAAGAGGCUUGCUACUUUGCCUGAGUUUCCUAAGCCGAGCCUUGUUGGGUUUGAGGGAGGCUCCGCGAGUGGCAACGAGAGGCGAGAAUACUUCUCAGACCUUAAGAGGAGCGACCUCAUCAAUCUCCUCCUGUUCAGUGAACAAAUCCAACCUGGUCUUCUCGUAGACGUCCUCGCCUCCGUCUCCAAGAAGCACCCCGACCUGCCCAUCUUCGGUUCUCCAGAUUGGGCUGAACCAAAAGUUCAGUACCAAGAACCCCAGCCUCGUCGCCAGCAGGACCACCGUGCGGCUCCCAAGCCCUCAAAACAGCGGUCCAAGACGGGCGGCGUCCGCAAGAUCCUCAAGACGGCGCCCGCCGGCGCGGCCGACCAAGCAGCGGCGGACGCGGAGGACUCGGAGGACGCGCUGCCCGAGUCCUGGCCCAAGGCCGGGCACGGCCUCUACCAGCGCCUGAAGCCCGAGAGAGACGACCCGCUGCUCUAUGACGAGAACGACGAGGAGGCGUUUAGCCACUUCAUGGUCGACAAGCAUGGGAAGCAGAUUAUGGAGCCUCUGGCCUCGAGGUUUCUCAGCAAGAAAAUGGCGGGCAGUUUGGAUGGUCCUGGUGCUGCGGCGAGCGAUCGUGAAGAGGCAGCCGGGCACAGCGUGGUCGCGACAGCUGUGGCUGAACCGACAGUCGGCCCAGCGGCUCCUCCCAUCAACGUUGAUACCAACGAGGCCCCGAAGAGUGGACGGCGGACAAAGCGAAGCCAAAAGGCUGCGAUCGAUCCAGACACAGAUGCGUAUACCUUGUUCAAGGAGCUGGCGCAGCUGAAGCCAUGGUUUUGA